CGAGGCCUCUGUGUGGGCGGAGCCUUUGGGCGCCUGUGGAGCUGUUUCUGAGUGGGCGGGGCCGUUAUGGGCACAGAGUGGUGUGGAAAUGUUAUCCCGCUUUAUUCUGCAAGGUAGCAUGGGGCAUCGUACUUUAUCUUCCAACCCGGCUCUGUGGGCCUCCAUCCCGUGUCCACGCUCUGAGCUGCGCCUGGACCUAGUUCUGGCUUCUGGACAGUCCUUCCGGUGGAGGGAACAAAGCCCUGGACACUGGAGUGGUGUCCUGGCAGACCAAGUGUGGACACUGACCCAGACUGAGGAGCAGCUCUACUGCACUGUGUACCGAGGGGACGAGGGCUGGGUGGGCAGGCCCACGAUAGAUGAGCUGGAGGCCGUUCGCAAGUACUUCCAGCUAGAUGUCAGCCUGGUGCAGCUGUAUCACCAUUGGGCUUCCACGGACUCUCACUUCCAAGAGGUGGCUCAGAAAUUCCAAGGGGUGCGGCUGCUGCGACUGGACCCUGUCGAAUGCCUUUUCUCCUUCAUCUGUUCCUCCAACAACAACAUUGCUCGCAUCACUGGCAUGGUUGAGCGGCUAUGCCAGGCCUUUGGACCUCGGCUCAUCCAGCUCGAUGAUGUCACCUACUAUGGCUUCCCCAGCCUGCAGGCCCUUGCUGGGCCGGAGGUGGAGGGUCACCUCAGGAAGCUGGGCCUGGGGUACCGGGCCCGCUACGUGAGUGGCAGUGCCCGAGCCAUCCUGGAGAAACAAGGUGGGCUGGCCUGGCUGCAGCAACUGCAAGAGGCCCCCUACGAUGAGGCCCUCAAGGCCCUCUGCACCCUCCCCGGGGUGGGCACCAAGGUGGCCGACUGCAUCUGCCUGAUGGCCCUAAACAAGCCCCAGGCAGUACCCGUGGACGUCCACGUGUGGCAGAUUGCCCAACGUGACUAUAGCUGGCACCCCACCAUGUCGCAGGCCAAGGGCCCGAGCCCCCAGGCCAACAAGGAACUGGGAGACUUUUUCCGGAGCCUGUGGGGACCGUAUGCUGGCUGGGCCCAGGCGGUGCUGUUCAGUGCUGAUCUGCACCGACCCCACCGUGCUCAGGAACCACCCACAAAGCGCAGGAAGCGGUCCACGGGGCCGGAGCACUAAGUUCCCCAAAUACCUUCCCCUCCCUUCCCCACUUCUCCCCCCCCAUCUCCGUCCUGUCUCAUGUGAUGGAGGGGCUCCCUACAACUCCCUCAAGAGCCCAGCUCAAGCAGUCAGUUUUCACAAGACGGGGUGGGGGCUGUUGGGGGAGACAGCUGUCU